UGUAAUUGAAGGCUUAAGACAAUAAACUAUUAUCUAUAUUAUCUCACCAUGUUUAUAUUCCAACCGUAAACGGCUCUGGUGAUGAAUUAGGCAUUCUGUCUUGGAACGGAGACGCGAGUUUUUCGUGGAUGUUCAUCAGAUUUGGGGAUGUUUUCACCAGCGGUGAAACAGUCAUGGGCGGUGUCAGGCGUACUUCUAAACAUGUUGGGGCAAGGCAUGGUCCUUAGUUUCCCGGCUGUCAUGCUGCCAGGGCUAAAGGCUGAUGAUUCCACCAUGAAGACUGACUUGGAAACUAUGUCUUGGCUUGCUUCUGUGGUGGGCCUGGCGAGCUUCCCCGGUUUCCUGAUCUCCGCUUUCUUCAUGGAGCUGUGGGGCCGGAAGAUCUCACAGGCUCUGGUCAUUCUACCAGGCACGUUGGGCUGGCUCCUCAUCUACUUCGCCACGGACGUGACCAUGCUCAUGGCUGGCAGGAUCCUCGGAGGCAUCACCGCCGGAGCCAGCGUCACUUUAGGAGCCGUCAUCAUAGGAGAGUACACCAGCCCACAGCUCCGGGGCAUGUUCCUAAACCUCAAGACUGCGGCCGUCUGCGUCGGCAAUACUCUUGUUCACAUUGUAGGUCAUUUUUACACUUGGAGAACAGUUGCAAUUUUCGGACUAGUGCCACAUAUAAUUGCUUUCGGGAUUGUCUGCACUUGGCCAGAAAGUCCGACGUGGUUGGCUGCUAGAUUUAAGUUUGAUAAGAGUGAGAAGGCUUGGUUGUGGCUGCGAGGUAACGACCAAAACUCUAGAAACGAGUACGAUAGUAUGGCCAUAGCUCAAAAGCAGAGGCUUUCUGAAAUACAAGAGAAAUCCAGCGUCCAAAGACACGUGGUAAUCUUUUUGCAGAAGUUCACUAGAAAGGAUUUUCAGAAACCUCUGCUCAUAAUACUCUUUGCUGGUAUUUUGCUAGAGACUUGUGGAAGGCACAUUUUCCCGGCCUACGCAUUACAGAUCAUCGAAGAAAUCUCUGGAGAUAAGUCUAGAACAUUCUACUACACGUUAAUCAUAGAUCUGAUAACGACAUUCAGCUCCACGUUCUCGUCAGCGCUGGUUCGCAUGCUAAAGAGACGUACCUUGCUGUUUGUCACAGGCGGAGCAUCGUUAGCCGUGUUAAUGGUCAUCUGUACCUACCUUUACCUGAGUGCUGCAGACGUGAUAUCGAAGGACCGAGCUUGGCUGCCUGUGUCGAUGUUUAUGCUGUACUUUUUAUUGGCAAACUUGGGGUGUACUCCUAUACCUCUAGCGUUGCUUGGAGAGGUGUUCCCAGUAGCCCAUAGAGGGGCAGGAUCGGCAAUGUCAGGGUUGACCCUGGCUAUCUGUCUCAUGGUCGCUUUGAAGAUCACUCCUGCGAUGCUAGAUAGUGUAAAAGUGUACGGAACUUUUGCUAUCUUCGGCGUAGCCAUGGGACUCUCUCUAGUAGUACUUUAUUUCAUCCUUCCAGAAACUAAGGAUAGAACUCUGCAAGAGAUUGAAGACUACUUUAACCACGGACGGUUCCUCAAUGACAAGAAAGUUCGCAGAGAUGAUGAUGAAAAUACUACUAUGCUUAAGAACUGAAUGAUUACGAUUUCGAGUAUCAAUGUUAAUGAUUCUAGUAGUAAAUGGGGGUUUUCUGGAAAAAGUGUAGCAUUUACUUUUUUUGAAAAACAAACAACUCUUUGGUUAUUUCGACUGAAUAACGAGAACUAUUGAUUAAAACAAAGAAAAAAGUGUCCCCAGUUUUUAGGGUUCCGUACCUCAAAAAGAAAAAAACGGAGCCCUUAUAGAAUCACUCGUGCGUCUGUCUGUCUGUCCGUCUGUCACAGCCUAUUAUCUCCGAAACUAUUAAAACAAUUAAGUUGAAAUUUGGUACACAUAUGUAAGUUUGUGACCCAAAGACGGACAUGUAACGUAAACAAAUUAAUUUAAAACAUGGGGGCCACUUGGGGGGGGGUUAAUGAGAAAAUUAAAAAAAAAGUUUUUCAAACUACAUCGUGUUACAUAUCAAAUGAAAGAACUCAUUGUAUGAAUCUCAAAUAUAUAUUAUAUUUUUUAUAAUUUUAGGAUAAUUAGUUUAGAAGUUAUUCAAGAAAAUAGGCAAAAAAAUACCAUCCCCCCUUUAUCUCCGAAACUACUAGGUCUAAAAUUUUGAAAAAAAAAAUAUACAAAAUAACUCUUUACCCAUAGAUCACAGAAAAACCUAUUAGAAAUAUGCAGUCAAGCGUGAGUCGGGCUUAAUUACUUAGUCUUUGAUCUGACCCCUACGGAUUUACGUUUAACAUAAAAAAUACAUUGUUUAAAUUGGAUCAUCAAUCCUUGGAACGCGAGUCCGACUCGCACUUGGCUCGUUUUUUUAUACUAAUUUCGAGUGUCACGUAGGUAGGUACACAUACAAAAUAUAUUUGAAAGUGCGUCACAAAACUGUCAAUAUGCUUCGGGCACUUUUUUCCUUUUUAAAUCGAUAGUCCUCGUGAUUCUGAGUAAAAAUAACCCAAAAAUGGAUGGUUAAAAAAAAGUUAAUGGUACUACCUACACGUUUAUCUGAAAAAGCCCAUCUAGUAUCUUAGGUACAUACCUAAUUAAUUUAAAUGUACCUACGUUCCUGUUAAUAAAGUUAUUGUUUUCUACAA